CAGGGUCUUGGUGACCAGGGCACCGGGUGCUGUGCGGCGCCGUGUGGACGAGCCGGGCGGGUCUGGCAGGCAACCUGGUUUUGCCGGACUAAUGCGAGACCCAGGGAGAGGAACCGGGAGGAGGUCCCUCUCUAGGCAUUUGGCGUGUUUACUGCGCGCUUAGUGUGUGUGCCUCCUGCUGUACCAAACGGCGUAGACGCACGAUUUCGGUUGCUUUUCAACAAUUUUUAUCACGGAGCUAAUUUGAUAGCGCCUAUCGAUGGCUCUAAAGAAGGCAUCACUGUCACUGGAAUCCAGUGAGAGUGACUCUGAAGAGUUGCCCACGUUUGCCUUUCUGAAGAAGGAAGCGUCUUCCACCAAGAGGAGGCAGCCUCAGAGGGAGGAGAAGAUUGUUGUGACUGACACCUCAGAUUCUGAGGCUUCCUGUCCUCCGUCACCAAAGUUGGAAGAGGCACCACCUGUCCCAGACACAGCUGACCCUGUCACACAAACAGAGCUGGUCAGGGUGCUGAGCAGCGGAAGUGAGGAUGAGGAGGAACUAAUGCCGCUGGCCCAGCGGCUUCCGUGUAAGUUUUUGACCUACAAGCCGCCGGGCCCUGCGGAUUCUAGCCCCCCAAGUAAAAGCGUGUGGGAUCAUCAGAGAACUGAAGGAGCACCAUGUGGCUGGAAAAAACAGUCCUUUCCAAAGGUCCCUGAUGUUUCCUUCCAUGACACCUCGGAGAGACCGUCAUCAAAUAACAGGGACCCUGGGGGAGACCCUCUGUGCCAUCAGCCUCCAGCCCUCCAAGCUGCCUGCCCGGUGCGGAGCGACAGCUUGACAGUGACCAAAACAAAUGCUGAGGGCCCCCCACUUCAGAAGAGAACCAAGAGUCGUCAGAAGGUCCGGACGAGAGGCUCACCAGGAUGCCGGCCGCGGGGAAAAGCAAGCCGGAAGGAAAGCACUGCGAGACGACAGGAAAGGGGGAAGGCGGCAGCCCCGGUGAACAGGCUGAAAGCUCAGAGGCCCGAGGAGUGCUUGCAGCACAUCGUCGUGGGGCUGGACCCAGUGCUUUUACAGACGGAAGGCGGAGGCCAGCUGCUCGGGGCACUGCAGUCCAUGGGGUGCCACUGUGUGAUUGAGGCGCAGGCCGUGCCUCACAGCGUCACCUGGAGGAGAAGGGCUGGGCCGGCUGAGGAUGGAGAGGAAGGCUGGCUGGAGGAACCGAUGGUCCUGGUGCUGCUGCUGGCAGAGGCGUUUGCGUCCAUGAUCUACAACUUCAAGCAGGGAAGCCUGGGUGGCUCUGAGAAAGAGAAGGAAACGCUCUGGAGCUUCAUAACUGACACCACAGCAAGGACAGCUGGGAAAGUCCUGUCCCUGGUGAUUGUGGAUCAGGAGAAAUGCUUCAGUGCCUCAGAUCCUCCAAGAAGAAGGGAACAGGGAGUGGCAAAUAGGAGACAGGCCAAGGAGAAGCAGCGGAGACAACGAGAGGCCAGCGCAGGGCACACAGUGUCCAGGGUGGACGUGGAAGAGGCAUUGGUAGAUCUGCAGCUGUACACAGAAGCCCAGGUCCGGAUCGUGCAGAGCUGGAAAGAGCUGGCCGACUUCGCGUGCGCGUUUACAAAGGCUGUAGCUGAAGCGCCCUUCAAGAAGCUUCGAGAUCAAACCAGUUUCUCCUUCUGCCUGGAGAGUGACUGGGCGGGAGGGGCAAAGGUCGAUCGAGCUGGCAGAGGCCUUGCACUGGUCUGGAGGAGACAGAUUCAGCAGCUGAACCGGGUCAGCCUGGACGUGGCCAGUGCCAUUGUGGACAUGUAUCCCUGCCCCCGGAAUCUGGUCCAGGCUUAUAGGCGGUGUGUUUCGGAGCAAGAACGCCAGAAUCUGCUUGCAGACAUACAGGUGCGCCGCGGGGAGGGUGUGACCUCCACGUCCCGCCGCGUGGGACCGGAACUGGCCAGGCGGAUCUACCUUCAGAUGACCACUCUGCAGCCAGCUCUCUCCUUAGAUGGCACAGACUGAUGCCACCCUCGGGGACAAGGAUGAGCACCAAGGUUUCCGUGUCCCCCCACCUCGGAGCAUGGGAAGGGACGGGACGCACCGCCCAGUGUACAAGCCCGGGUCAGGCCGCAGGCUCUCCUCUGCAGAGGCCCCCCUGUGGGCUUGGACAGAUGGCAGAGAUGCCUGUGUUUUCCAACACAAGCGUGUUAUUUUCCUCUCCUGGUGAAAACCCAGCUGCCGUGCACAUGUCAUCUCCCCCAAGCAGGCCCUCAACCCUCAAAACACAGAUGCAGACAGACCACUCAGACACGUAUUUAUUAACUGUAGAAAUCCAGAAGAACCUCAACAUCAAAUCUCGAGAUCACAAGUGAACUUCCCUCAGCGGGUCAGCCUGACUGGGGCUGGGCGCACCCUGCCUUCCUGUCACCCUCAGCCAGCCCCUGCAUGGGGACUCCUGUUAUGUACUGUGUAGUUUCAAUAAAGUGUUUGUACCCUGGCUCUGGAGCUUGAAGGAA